CCCCACCCCUUACAACAACCAUCACAAACACAACCUGUAUCACAGCAAAAGAGAAAGUAUCACUGUACUGAGCCUGGUUGUAACAAGAGCUUUACCACAAGCAUUGACUCUAACAGGAUAUUGUUAUGAUGUUUGUAUAGUGGUCAUUUGGCUCGCCAUUUCCGCAUCCAUACAGGAGAGAAGAACUUUCCUUGUUUGUUUCCUGGCUGCCAAUCCCGGUUUUCCCGUCAGGAUAAUAUGAUGCAGCAUUAUCGAACCCAUAUGUCUCCCAAAUCUAGGAAAACACAGAAAAGAGUGUGCGAGGAAGCUCAACAUCCUCGACCACGGCUUCAUGCUCAUCAUCGCAUCCAAUCUGAUUCCUAUGAUGUGGAACGACCAUUGACAAUUGAUCAGCAUUUGAACAACUACCACCGCUCGUUGUCAUCUCGACUUGUCAAACUCGAUACUCUGUCACCACCGAAACAGCACGUAUCUGCCCCCAUUCGAGUUUUGCCGACUCCCAGUUCAGUGGGGUUGCCGAUUGGCUUCUCACCGUUGUCGUCUCGAUCGUCUUCUUCCAGUAUUUCGGUAGAAGAACCUCAAAGUCCUUCCCCUGAUCGACUCGCUUGUCCAUCCGUCUCUUCAACUUCCACAGAAACCUUUUUUCAGCAUCGUCCUUUGACAUUCUCUAAAAAACCAGACACUAUCUGCACGACAUUGCUCGGACCCACUAAUUCAGCUGAACCAGCAUCCGAUUUUCCUGCACCUGCUUUGCAACACGAGAUGACAACAAAAACCAGUUAUAUGCCUGCGCAGCUGCAAGAACAAUACAAAGAAGCACAACAACACGGCACAGAACGAUCUCGCACCCAAGACAAUGAGGGCUCAGAGAUUGAACCAAGCAGCGAUGGUUUAUUGCAGCUGGCCCAUGUUGUCAGUACAUUUGGUUAAUCGUUGACGGGGUCCUGUUGCUUACUUAUUUAUUAUUAUUGUCUCUGUUCUUGUACAUUAUUGAUAUUCCUUUUUUUUUCAUUCUUCUUUUUCGUGUUUUUUUUUCUCCCAGCUCUUGCAAUGUUUGCUUUGUAAUAUACUAACUUUUUUUGU